AGAAAGCUCUUGAGAAAAUAUCAGAUUGGAAAGCCCACAUACUAAGGACUCAGAACCAAGAAGAGGGUAGAUAUAGAGCAUUAGAAGAGCUGCAGCCACACCAACUUCUGAUUAUUAUGGACUGGGCAAUGAAGUUCCUUCCUGCACUUUAUAGAGAAAAGCAGUCAGAUUUUUUUGGACAAAAAGGCAUGAGCUGGCAUGUUUCUGUUGCUAUAUUUAGAGCAGAAGAUGGAUCUUUGAAGCACAAGACAUUCAAUCACAUUUUUGGAGCAGUGAGGCAAGAUUGGUUUGCUGUUGCAUCAGCCAUCGAGCACAUCCUAAAGAGUAUAAGAGUACAAAUGCCUGGAAUUGAAGAAGUUUUUUUACGAAGUGACAAUGCAGGUUGCUAUCACUGUGGGUGCCUGUGGCUGAGCAUGCAUGGAAUUAGUGAAAGAACAGGUAUCAGCAUUGUACGCUAUGACUUCAGUGAACCUCAGGCAGGAAAAAGUUAUUGCGAUGCCAAAAUUGCCCAUAUGCGAUCCAAAUUAAGGAUGUUUGUUUCAUCUGGAGAAAAUGUAACAACUCCAUUUGACAUGAAGAAGGCAAUAAUGGAUGGAAGUGGUGUAGCAGGAUGUCAAUGUGCAGUUGUGGAAGUUGACAGGAAAAACCAGACAAUGACUAGUCAUUGCAUCAAGGGAAUCACCAACAUUAAUAAUCUUGCCUUUGAAGGAGAUGAUAUCAUUGCCUGGCACAGUUUUAGUAUUGGUAUUGGUAUCAAGAUAAAAAGAGAAGAUGUCUUGAAAAGUGAGCAGCUUGACACAGGACUCAUCAUACUGUCUGACUUUGAAGAACCAUCAAAAAACUAUGGUGUGAUCUCUCACAUAAAAAACUGUUCAGUUACACCAACCAGCAUUUUCCACUGUUCCGAAUCGGGCUGUAAUCAGCAGUUUUCCUCAUAUCAAAUACUUCAAGAGCAUAUUCUUCUGGAUAGACAUGUUCAAGAGAAAACAUCAACUUAUGAUGCUCUACGACAUCAUUGGUCCGAGUUGUGUAAUUCCAAUUUGCUCAUUUCUAAACAGCUGGUGCAAAUAGGCAGAGAUCACCAUACCCUUGUAAAGAAUUCAUCAGUAGAGAAGCUUCAACAAGGAUGGGCACUGAAAAAAACAAGGAAAUUUGCACGCUUCUCUUCCAAAGUGAAAGAUUUUCUCCAUAGAGUUUUUCAAGAGGGCGAAGAAUCAGGAAGGAAAGCAAUUCCUGUUGAAGUAUCUCAACGUAUGAAAUCAUUGCGAAACAGCACUGGAGAGAAGUUUUUCAAUCCCGAUGAAUGGCUGCAGCCUUCUCAGAUUAACUCCUUUUUUUCAAGACUUUCUCUGAAUGCAAAAGCCAGGAAUAUCAAGGAUGAACCAGAAGAAGAUGACCAUCUGCGAGAAAUACUGCAGUCAAUAUAUGAGGAAGAAGAAAGAGACAGCAUUAGAGAUGCCAUGACCUUAGAACUUGACAGUCCAAUAUGAUUGUUUAAACUUGUACAUGUAGAAAUAUUGGUGCUGUCUUUCAAUGAUUGUUGGUUUGUUUAGAUAAUGUCUGUAUGUACAUCUAACAUGCAUGGAAUCAUAAAUGAUAUGUGGCAAAACCUAGGUGUAUUUUUAUAUGUAUUCUUUCAGCUUCUGUGGUUGUCAUGGCAAUAACAGUUGUGAUAAUGCAUAGAUAUCCAAAAAGUAGAUUUCAAAAGAAAGGAAAUAUACAUGUGGGUUAUUUUUUUGUAUUAAUUUUUAUCAAUUUUAAAGAAUUCAAAAUGAAAAAAAGCUAAACUUUAAUUUGCUCACAGUCAUAAUUACUAGCUAAUAGACUCUUUGUGAUUUUGAAAUAUUCCUUGUUGAAACACAUUAGCACAGGACUUUACUUUGAUUUAUAUAUAGAUAUACACGUGAAAAGUCAUUUCUGCUUCAACUCUUUCUGUAGUCAUUAUGCUGCCAUGGUAACAGGAAUUU